UUUUACUGACCGUGAGAAAUUCUGAUACCCUGAUAUGACCAACUCCAAGUACACAAGCUUGGGUGAGGCAGAAGAAAGAACUUGUGAAGGGAAGCCAUGGAAGAAGCGCCUUCGCUCUUCCUUUUGUUUAUAGUCUCCACCUUCCUUCUGAUUCACGUCAUUAGGCUGCUCCUAUUUACCAACUCAUCCAAGUCUUCUUCCUCUGCGCCCACAUAUGGCCCCAAAUCUUACCCCAUCAUCGGCUCUGCUCUUUCCUUCUACGCCAACAUCCACCGCCUGCCGGACUACGUCACGGAUCUCCUCCGCGAAUCCCCCACCCUCACCGUCGUCAUACACCGCCCAUUUGGCUCCAAACCAUCGGUUGUGACCGCCAAUCCUGCCAACAUUGAGCAUAUCCUCAAGACCAAGUUCCAUGCUUAUCCCAAGGGCCCCGAUUCCUACGCCAUACUCUACGAUCUCCUCGGUAACGGCAUCUUCAACGUCGACGGCGAGACCUGGAAGGUUCAGCGCAAGGUAGCCAGCCAUGAGUUCAACACCCGUUCUCUCCGCAAGUUCGUCGACACCGUCGUUAAUACCGAGAUCUCCGGCCGCCUCCUCCCCCAUCUCAGCUCCGCGGCAGCCGCAAAAACGACGUUAGAUCUCCAGGACGUGCUUCAACGAUUUGCCUUCGAUAACAUCUGCAAAAUUGCUUUCGGCUUCGACCCCGGCUGCCUCGACACCGCCGUCACUUACUCUGAGUUCACCUCUGCGUUCAAUCUUGCCUUGCGGGUCACCAGCGACCGAUUCAGGAACCCCUUUCCAGUUGUUUGGAGACUCAAGCGUGCAUUUGGUUUGGGGAACGAAGGCCAAUUCAGACAUGCUGUGCGCCAGAUUGAUGAAUACGCAAGACACUUGAUUCGCGAGAGAAGACGGCAAGGGAUCUCUUCAACAGAAAAUUUGGAUCUUCUGUCAAGAUUUAUGAGCUCCAAUGAUGUUGGUGAGGACUUUCUCAAAGACAUAGUCAUCAGCUUCAUACUUGCAGGCAUGGACACAACUUCUGCAGCACUGACAUGGUUCUUCUGGCUGCUCUCCAAGGACAGAAGAAUGGAAGAGAAGAUCCUGAAGGAGACAUCUGACCUGAGAGAGGAAGCAGUCGGCUUCGACGAGGUAAAAGAGAUGGUUUACUUGCAUGCAUCCAUCUGCGAGGCCAUGCGACUCUACCCGCCAGUGCCAGCUGACGGCAAAUAUGCAGCAGAAGACGAUGUUCUGCCGGACGGUACUGCGGUCGCGAAGGGUUCGAGGGUGUUCUACCAUCCUUACGCCAUGGGCAGGAUGGAGAAGCUGUGGGGGAAGGACUGCGAGGAGUUCCGGCCGGAGAGGUGGCUACAGAGGGAUGAUGAAAUGGAAGGGAGGAUGAAAUUUGUCGGUGAGGAUCCCUACAAGUACCCAGUGUUUCAAGCAGGACCUAGGCUGUGCCUAGGGAAGGAAAUGGCCUUUGUUCAGAUGAAGAGCAUCGCCACCGCCGUGCUUAGGCUUUUUAAGAUUGUGCCGCCGCCGGAUUUUCAGCCAGAGUUCUAUAACACCCUCACGUCCAAAAUGAAGGGUGGUUUCCCGGUGAAGAUUGAAGAGAGGAAGGCAGGUGUAUUUAUCCAAGACUGAGACGAUAUAUUAACAGUAUCUUGAAACCGGACCGUCCCCUUGGUUUCUAAUAAUAUUUGAGAGUAUAAUGAAGCUGCUUGUGUUUUCCUUCUGGGGCUUUUAUAAGCCGCAUGAUCCCCCCAAAUAAGGCACCGGCACCGGGCUUUUCUUGCUGUAUAGUUGGGGGGAAGUAUUCUAGAUAAAAUAGUUCUAUGUAAAGUUCAUUUUAAGAGUUGUUUGGUUGUGAAUGUCUUACAAAUCUUUGGAGUCGAUUUACAGAACACUCAAAGAAUGUCCCUGCUGCCAAUCUGUAACUUAAGAGAAUGUAAGAUAUAGAAUUUUGCAAAUCA